AUUGUCAAUAUGUUAGCGUGGUUGUCGGUUGUCGGUGGACUGUUCUCGAGUAAAACAGAAUACACGGUAGUGUCCCAGUAAAUAUUAUCAGGUAGUUCAGCAAGAUGGAUCACGUUAACAAAAAAGUUAAACUGGAUCCAGAUUCAUUUAAAGGUGAAUCACAGCAGGAAGAAACACCAGAUCAAGAAGAUGAAGUUGAGGGGACGUUAGUUGAACCAUGCGAUGAAGAUAUAGAAUUAGAGGCUUCCUGUUGCUCCAUAAAAUUGGACAUAGAACAGGAACCGGUUGAUGCAACAGAAUAUAUGGUCGAAAUAAAUACAGACCUAAGAGAAAUGGAAUAUCAUAGCGCACUACAAACCAACGACGAAACAAAACGUGAAGAUACAAUCGUAAAAUCAGGGAAAGGGAGCAUAAAAGAUUUCAUAUGCACUACAUGUAAUUAUAUUACUGCAGAACCGCUUGACUUCAUGAAACAUUGGUUAAGUUAUGACACCCAAAGAUACAAAUACCAAAACGGUCAAUAUAUAUGUCAGAUUUCCCACUGUUCGAGUGUAUUUUCCAAAAAAAUGGAACUCCUGAAACACAUUGCAAUGCGACAUUUGAUCAGAUAUUGUUGCUCCUUCUGCUAUUAUGUGACUUACUCAAAUGAGGACUUUGAUGAACACAGCAGUAACCACUUCACAUACCAAUGCGUCAAAUGCGAUUUGGAAUCAACGAAACAUUUCUUUGUGCAAAACCAUCUUGAAACUCCCUUGAAAUGCGAGCUAUGUGAUUUCAAAGCAUACCAUUGGAUCCUGUACCAAAAGCACGUCAAUAUGCAUCGUUACCCACAAGAUUCGAUCAUCGAAUGCAGAUUUUGUGGAUUCACAACUGGCUAUAAUUGUUUGCUUAAAAAACACCUAGUCGUCCAUUGCGGGAAGUUUGCCAUUUGUAAGAUGUGUGACUUCACCGGAUUAAGAAAAGCAGAACUUGACAAACACUACAAAAUUGUCCAUCAUACCACACUUGAAUCUAUAGGCAAAGUGCACAAAUGUAAGUUUUGCACGUGCAAGUUCACAAAUCUAGGUUCUAAAGAUUUGCACGAAAAAUUUCAUUUCAAGGAAAGUACUGCCUUUACAUGCUGUACAAGUUCCACGACGUGUCCUUACUGUAACUACCAGGAUGAAAACAUACAUGAGCAUAUACAAGUGGAACAUUCAGCCGAGUUAGAUCUCGAAGGUUUGAGAUGCGAAAGCACUGAUGACGAAACAGUGGUAAAAUUGUUAAACCUGGAAUCUUUUAAAACUGAAGAUGAACCAGAAGAAAGGCAAGAAAAAGACUCCGCAGAGUAUGAAGAUGUAAUAACAACUGUAGAUGACGCAGAAAAUCAAGAGAUUGAAGAUCCAAUUGAAAUAUAUGCUGAAAAAGCUUCUCAUCGUUGCCCAAAUUGUUGUGGUACCUUUAUGGGCAUGAAAUCAUUCGAAAGACAUUUGAUCAAGACACACAAAAUGACUUACACAGAAGCAAUAACAAACUUUAAAAUUCGCCUAUUAUGUAAAUUCUGUGCGUUCAACACAUUUGACAUGCGUUCCUUCAAAAAACAUGUUAUUAGCGAUCAUCCCGAACCGAAUAAAACUAAACCAAUAAUGGAACCAAAACUUAUACCUAAUCCCCAACGUUACAUAUGCCCCUUUUGUUAUUACGUUACAUUCAUGGAAGAUGAAUUUGAGGCGCAUUGUCAAGCGCAUACCGUAUUCAAAUGUACUGAAUGUCACUUUGAAUCUACCAAGCGACUUUUUGUGGAAGACCACAUGGACAAUCCUUGGGCUUGUUCAAAAUGCGGGUUCAAAGCACACCAUUGGCUCCCAUUGAAACACCACGCGUUCAGCCAUCACAACAAGGUAUUCGCACUUCUAAGAUGCCAAGAAUGCAAUUUUGAAACGAGAAAACCGGGACUUCUGAAAACUCAUCUAUUAACCCACACAUGGGCCUUCCUGCAAUGCACGAUAUGCACGUAUAGGACGGGUAGUGAUAGUGCCCUGAAAACUCACUAUGAAAAAUGUCACGAUUUUACAGACCCCGCAGGUACGAAUGUAGAUGUCGACAGGCUAUACGAAUGUGAUUUUUGCGAUUGCAAAUUCAGACAACAUGCUCUUCGGGAUAGACACAGAGCACUGCACGGAGAAAACGGCCCGUUCAAUGUGAAAUGCAGCCAGUGCCACACGUCCAAAACAUCAAUGACAAAAGACGAUAACGGCAAAGACACAAACAGUAAAGACGAUAGAGACGGCUGGACAAAGUGUCCAUACUGCGGAUACAAGGAUGAAGCUCGAUACAGAAUGAUCGACCAUCUGAGCCAGGUUCAUGAGAACGAGUUGGAGAUCGAAGGCUUUCGAUAUAAAGAAACAACAGAUAAAUUGCAUGAAAAACCUGAAAAAAAUACUGAGAUGAAUAAAACAAAUCGGGAUCAUCUGGAUAUCACAUUAGCUCAAAAGAGAAAGCAAAACGACUAUCAAAAAAAAGGAAAAAGCACAAAAGCGGUUGAAAUAAAUUUGGAAGCUGAAGGUAUUCCUCGUGCAAUAGACAGAGCAAUAGAAAUUCCUGAUGAUAUUGCUCAAGCAAAUGCUUUGCAAGGAGACGCAUAUGGCAUAAACCGACCUGCUCAAACAGGAGCUUUACAAGGGAAAGGCUCAGAUAAUAUACAGCAAGGUCAUAGUAUUUUGCAAGAAUCAGGGGUUACAGCUAAGAUUCAUCAGCCUAUUGGAGAAACUGAAAUCAAGGAAGAUAUAGAAUUCGAGGAAAUUUAUCAUGGUGUCUUGAAAGAAGAAGACGCGGAUAACAUUGAAAGAACUGAAAAAAAGAUUGAAGUAGGCUCACACAAUAUACAACAAGCACAUGGCAAUACUCAUACAAAGGUUCUGCAAGAAUCUGAAGGUAUAGCUCAAGCAAAUCUUUUGGAAGAAGCAGAUAACAUUCAUCAGCCUAUUAUAAAAACUGAAAUCAAGGAAGAGAUGAUAGAAUUUGAGGAAAUUUGUCAUGGUGUCUUGAAAGAAGAAGACGCGGAUAGCAUUGAAAAAACUGAAAAAGAGAUUGAAGUAGGCUCACAUAAUAUACAACAAGCACAUGUAAAGGUGUUGCAAGAAUCUGAGGGUAUAGCUCAAGCAAAUAUUUUGGGAGAAGCAGGUAACAUUCGUCAGCCUUUUGGAAAAACUGAAAUCAAGGAAGAGAUCAUAGAAUUUGAGGAUAGUUAUCAUGGUGUCUUGAAAAAACAGCGAAAUGAAAAAAAGGUAGAAGCUGCAGAUUUCCUAAAGACGGAAACUGUAGAAGAUAUUUCUACAAUGGAUGCGGCUUGCUCUAGUAGCCUGAAUCCAGGCCAAAAUGAAGAAAAACUGGACGAAAAAGGUCCAGUCUACUCUGAACAGGACAACAGAUGGUACUGUCCACUUUGCCCCUAUAAUUGGAAGAGCAAUUCCUACGCCGUGCAUCAUUUCAAUCAAAAACAUAAGCGAGUUCAAAAUCCACUGUUCAAGUGUGCCGCUUGCCGUUACAAGACGAAAUCUUGGCGGGAUUUAAGUAAUCACAUAAAUGUGAUGCAUCGUGCGAAAGCUGAUUCGGAAGAAAUUCCUUGCAAGCAACCGGGUUGCAAGUACAAGGCGCCAUCUGUGGACGAGUUGAGCAGGCAUAUGGCGCGCCACCUGCAAACUUCCAUAAAGGAGGUGAUGAAGUACACAUGUAAACGGUGCAGUUUUGCUACGGUCUCCGACAAGGUUUUUAAAAAACAUAACUGCAUUUCUACGAUGAACCACGAAUGUUAUGACUGCGGAUUUAAAUGCGAAACGAGAAUGCAAAUUUAUCAUCACAUCGUCAGGAAGCAUAGGUAUACGAACUCAAAAACAAUGGGAUUUCAAUGCCGCAAAUGCGGGCUGGCGUCCAAAGACAAUUCUUGGAGAGAGCACCAUCUUGAAACAUGUAUGAAAUGAUAAUUUUUAAGAUUGCAGUUUAUUGUAUUCAAUUAGAAUAAAUGUUGUAUAGAAAUC